CUAUUUGCUUCUUUUUUUUUCUUUUUUCUUUUUUUUUUAAUUUUAUUUACAACAAACAAAAAGGAAGACGCAGUUUCUGUUUGAUGGUUUUGAGGGAUAAGAAAACAAAGUGCUAACCUGAAAAUUUUUAGUUUUUAAUUAUUAAAUCCCUCAAAAUCAUAAGUCAGGGUUUAUUCCAUUUUGCUUGGAAUCUACUUGUCUCCUUCUUUAAUUUUUGUUUUAUUUGAUCUAAAUCUGUAUUCAUACUAUAUCGAUUUCUCUGAAGCCACUUUUGUUUCAUCGAAACCAAGCUCUCGAGAUUGUUUUGCAGGAAGAUCGAAUCGCAUCAAACUCAUCCUGGCACAUUUCAGGCUUUGCGUCUCAGUUUUUCUCUGGGAUUUAUAUGCGGUGGAGUCCUAUAUAAAGAAGCAAUUUUCUUGUGGUGCAUGCUAAGGAAAAUGCAGUCCAUAUCCAAAAAAGUCUUGUUAUUUUUUCUGUUCUCCUUACUGCUCUUUGGUUGCAUUCUGGCACAGUCUGAAAGUGAAACUUUAGAAACGUUAAGAUCUGCCCCACAUAAAAAUGUAGGGAACAGUGUCAUAGAUGGCACUGGUAUACAGAGUGCCAUUGAUUUUGAGAGCACAAGUAGUGGACUGGGUGAUAGGAAGGGCAAUUAUAACAGAGUUUCAAUAUCAACAGUUGCUUUAUUUACGUUGGCCAUGGCUGCUGCCACUGGUUUAGGUGCAGUCCCAUUCUUUUUUGUAGAGCUGGAUCCUCAGUGGGCUGGAUUAUGCAAUGGAAUGGCUGCUGGUGUGAUGUUGGCUGCUAGUUUUGACCUCAUACAAGAAGGGCAGAACCAUGGUGCUGGAAAUUGGGUUAUGACUGGGAUUUUAUCUGGUGGCAUUUUCAUUUUGCUAUGCAAGAAGUUUCUUGAGCAAUAUGGGGAAGUAAGUAUGUUGGACAUAAAAGGUGCAGAUGCAACUAAAGUUGUUCUCGUUAUCGGAAUAAUGACUCUUCAUUCAUUUGGAGAGGGCUCAGGUGUGGGAGUCUCCUUUGCAGGCUCAAAAGGUUUCUCUCAGGGCCUUUUGGUAACUUUGGCCAUUGCUGUACACAACAUACCAGAGGGAUUAGCUGUGAGUAUGGUUCUUGCAUCAAGAGGUGUUUCUCCCCAAAAUGCAAUGUUAUGGAGUGUAAUUACAUCUUUGCCUCAGCCAAUUGUAGCAGUUCCUUCUUACAUGUGUGCUGAUGCAUUUAACAAGUUCCUGCCUUUCUGUACUGGCUUUGCUGCUGGAUGUAUGAUCUGGAUGGUUAUUGCUGAAGUGCUUCCUGAUGCUUUCAAGGAAGCCUCUUCGUCACAGGUGGCAUCAGCAGCUACAAUUUCUGUAGCAUGUAUGGAAGCUUUAAGCACCAUGUUCCAGAAUUUCAGUCAUGACUACAAUGCAGAGGAUGCUUCUGGAUUCUUUGUUUCACUGCUUUUUGGCCUUGGGCCAUUCCUUGGUGGCAUCAUUCUUGUUGCAUUUGCUCUUGCAUUCCAUCUUCAGCAUGCGCUUCUCAUGGGUGCAGCAUCUGGCAUUGCUUUUAUACUUGGUGCCUGGCGACCACUACAGCUACUUGUGUCUUCAAAGAUGGGGGUUAUUCCUCUAAUGUUUUUGCUUGCUGUAGGAGCAGUAUUUGUCCAUGUUUGUAGCUCCAGCAUUAUGAGCCUUGCAGGUCGCAAAAGGGCAUCAACAAAUAAUUUACCCACAAUAACUGGCUUUCCCAUGAGUGUUCACACCCUUCAAUCAUUCCUUUCAUGUGGAGCAGUAGCGUUUCAUGCAUUAGCAGAGGGACUUGCACUAGGGGUGGCUGCACCAAAAGCUUAUGGACUCGGUCAGCACAUGGUUCUUCCUGUCUCUUUACAUGGACUUCCCCGUGGUGCUGCUGUGGCUAGCUGCAUCUUCGGUGCUACUGACAAUUGGCACAAUGCUCUAGCAGCAGCAGCUUUAAUUGGAUUUAUGGGUCCAAUGUCUGCCAUUGGAUCAAUACUUGCGGGAAUCGACUACAGCGGCCUGGAUCAUAUAAUGGUUUUAGCAUGCGGGGGAUUACUCCCAAGCUUUGGAAGGAUAAUUCAAAGGGCAAUGAGUUUGGACACACCGAAGGGCACGUCUGGGCUUGCAAUUGGAAUUGGUUUUGCUACCCUCUGCUUAGCGUGCACCAAGUUGGUCUGCUUGCACACACCAUACUGCAAUUCUGCUCCAGAGGCUGUCAGAUGAGACCUACCUGGUUUGAUUUCUUAGAUGACAUGUUCAGGGAACUUAAAAAGAGUAGAUUAUUUCUUGGAAACGAAAGUGACAAUACAUUGUAUACUAUUUUUUUUUUCAUUAUUACCUUUCUUAGUUUUUGGCUUUA